ACUCGCUCAUUGUCUAACUAAAAGAUGUUCACUAAAAUUAGCUCAUGGACUAUUUAACUAGUAAAAUCUUACUAAAAUUAGCUCACUGACUAGCCACCACCACUCAAAAUAUAUAUAAAUUUUUAGAAAUGUACUAAAAUAAAAUUGGACAGUGUAUGUUGCAGAUGUCUUAUUCAUACAGAUUUAAGAGUAACUCUUUUCUUGAAGGUAUAAUUUAAAUACUGGAAUGUCUAGAAGAGUGGCAGUAAAUCAAGCUGCAGUUUGGAUAACAUUAGUAAUUCCCAUCAACUGGCAGAACAAGUUUGAGCAGAUAUCAACUCCUCCCUGUACCUAUACUGAUAUAUUGUGCUAUGAUGAAUAGUAUUGAUGUCAUUGAUGUAACAAAAUAUUGCUUAUUUGGUUUAUUAUCUUUUAUCUGGUCAGUGCUGGCUGAGUUGCGGUUGAUAUUUGGGUACCAGAAUUCAACUAAUUUAGCUGAACCUUGACACAGGUUCUUGCUUUGCAGAUCAUCAUGUCCUGCAAACUGCACACACCCAGGACUGAGGUAGCUGACAAACGUAUAUGGUUGGAACUUUCACAACUAACUGCUGAGUACAAGGCAGUGAACCUGGGCCAGGGGUUCCCGGACUUACCCCCUCCCAGCUUUGCUCAGGAGGCUCUCUUCAACGCUGUCAAUGGAGGCUUUCAUAUGCACCAGUACACACGCGGCCUCGGCCAUCCACCGCUUGUCAAGAUCCUUGCCAAGUUUUUUGGGAGGAUUUUGGGCCAUGAAAUAGAUCCCAUGGAGGACAUCCUGGUUACCAUGGGAGCCUAUCAGGCUGUUUUUUGUGCAGUUCAAGCUCUGGUUUAUGAGGGUGAUGAAGUGAUCAUUGUGGAGCCUUCCUAUCAUUGCUAUGAGCCCAUGACGGUAAUGGCAGGAGGAAAACCAGUCCACAUGCCCCUGAAACUUCAAAAGGUCACAGGUCCAACUAUGUCUAGAACUGAUUGGGUGUUAUGUUCUGAAGAGCUGACCAGUAAAUUUAACUCUCACACAAAAGCUAUUAUCAUUAACAAUCCCAAUAAUCCAUUGGGUAAGGUCUUUCAGAGAGAAGAGUUACAGAUGAUAGCUGACCUGUGUAUAAAGCAUGAUGUUAUUUGUAUCAGUGAUGAGGUAUAUGAGUGGCUUACAUAUGAUGGAGCACAACAUAUUAAAAUAGCGACUCUUCCAGGCAUGUGGGAGCGCACUGUCACCAUUGGGACUGCAGGCAAGAGCUUUGGUAUCACUGGAUGGAAGGUGGGCUGGGCAAUAGGGCCAGGACACAUCUUGGAACACCUGCAAAAAAUCCAUCAGAACUCUGUACACCACUGUCCUACUCCUACUCAGGAGGCUGUUGCUGUGUGUUUUCAGAGGGAAUAUGACACAUUUGGUACAGAAGAAAGCUACUUCAGACAGCUAGUCAUGCAGCUCCAGGCCAAAAGGCUCAGGCUAACCAAGUGUCUGAGGAGCGUUGGGCUGCAACCUUUUGUACCUGAGGGUGGCUACUUCAUCAUCACAGACAUCUCCACUCUGAAGGUUGAUCUGAAUGACCCAAGUACGAAGGAUGAACCUCAUGACUACAGAUUUGUUAAAUGGCUUAUCAAAGAGAAGGGUUUGAGCACUAUCCCUGUAUCUGCAUUUUGCAGCCCAGAACACAAAGCAGACUUCCAGAACUACAUUAGAAUUUGCUUCGUAAAGGAUGACUCAACCCUGAAAGCAGCUGAAGAUAUUCUGAGAAAGUGGAAGGAUGAAAAAAUACAGGAUACUCAUUCUGUCUGAGAUGAGCUUUCCAAAGUGUAUCUAUGUCAAACUGCAAUAUAACGCUUGUUAAGCAGGCAAGUAGGGGAAAUUUAUUUUACUGUAACCAGGUAAAAAGAGAAUUGUUUUAAAUCAAGCUCAUGCUAAUAAAUCAGAAUUGGU